ACUUUAUGGGAUCUUGCUAUAGCUGAAGUAGAGAAGAGAGAAAACGCUGACGAUGAUGGCAAGCGUGUGGAAGUUUGGGAAAAAUCACUAUUAUUUAUGGGAAACAAAAAUGGGGGAAAGACCACUAUUAUACUGAGGUGUCUUGAGAGGGAAGAGAUUCCAAAGCCAACAUUAGCCUUGGAAUAUACUUUUGGAAGAAGGGCAAGGAGACACAAUACACCUAAAGACAUAGCUCAUUUUUGGGAACUAGGUGGUGGAACCUCAUUACUGGAACUGAUUCGAAUACCAAUCACUAGCAACAACGUAAGGUCAUUUGCUGUAGUUCUUGUAUUGGAUCUGUCCAAACCUAACGAACUCUGGACUACUAUAGAGAAACUUCUGCAGGUCACCAGGAACCAUGUGAACAAAAUUUUAACCAAACUGGAAAAGACAAAUCCUGAAGUAGCUACUGAAAUUAAACAGAGGAUGCGGAACAAUCUGCAGAGGGAUCAUCCAGAUUAUGACUUAGUUGACCCUUUUCCAAUACCCUUGGUGAUAAUUGGAAGCAAAUAUGAUAUUUUUCAUGAGUUUGACUCUGAAAUGAGGAAAAUCAUAAGCAAGACACUUCGAUUUGUUUCACAUUAUUAUGGAGCAUCAUUAGUGUUUACCAGUAAAUCUGAAGCAUUUUUUGUUGAUUGCUAAAUGCUCACUUGAUACAUUUUCUUUUUCCUGUUUAGCAAGUCUUUAUCAGUGGAUCACGGCAAACCUCUGUUUAUACCAGCAGGCCUGGAUUCGCUGAGCCAAAUAGGACCACCACCCGCCUCUGAUAGUGAUAUUGGAAAGAUGCGUGCAAACACACCGUUGGAACUGUGGAAAAAAGUAUUUGAGAAAACAUUUCCUCCCAAGAGUUUCUGCGAUUUACAAGAUACCAAGGACCCUGCACAGGAUUUACAAUACGCUGAGUAUGAAGUGGAUGUUAUGAGAGCUCAGAAAAACCAGGAACUUGAACAAUACAAAAGAAAUGCCGCUAAAUCCUGGAAAGAAAUGGAUUUUGACCCUGAUUGAUGAACAGCUAUAGGUGUCUUCAUUGUAACAUUUACAAAAUUACUUUAAGCAUUU